AUGGGUUUGAGCUCAAUUUUUCCAAGUUUUUUCUUUUUAGUUUUUUUGGUAUUAUUCAUAAUUGAAGUUCAUGUUCAAGCUCAAAAUCUUAUAUUUAAUGUGGUGAAAUAUGGUGCUCGACCUGAUGGAAUAUCAGAUAACACUGAGGCUUUUAAUAUUGCAUGGAACAAAGCUUGUUCCUCUGAGGGUGGGAAUGUAGUUUUGGUUCCAAAUGGAUUAUUUUUGGUGGGCCCACUGUUGCUUAAAGGGCCCUGCAAGGGCCCAAUUACUUUUCACAUUCAAGGGAUCUUGAGGGCUCCUACCGACGCAUCUUCGCGCGAUCAGGACCAUUGGAUUUCCUUCCAAUACGUUGAUGGGCUGAGCAUCUACGGUGGUGGUUCACUUGAUGGCCAAGGGUCCUCAGCUUGGUCCUACAACUCAUGCCUUAAAGACCCACAUUGCAAACCUCUUCCUGCUACAAUGAAAUUUGAUUUUGUGACAAAUUCAACCAUCAACCACAUAACAUCAAUCAACAGCAAGGGCUCCCACAUCAUCCUUUUUGGAUGCAACAGCUUCACAAUUCACAACAUUAAAAUUUCAGCCCCGGGUGAUAGUCCGAACACCGACGGAAUUAAUAUCGGAAACUCGAAAAACAUCCUAAUCUUCGACUCGGAAAUUGCCACCGGAGAUGACUGCAUCUCCAUGAGCCCUGGAUCCAAAACCAUUAACAUUACCAAUAUCAAAUGUGGCCCUGGCCAUGGCAUUAGCGUCGGUAGCCUCGGAGGGACUCCGAAUGAAGAUGUUGUUGAUGGCGUUCUUGUCACAAAUUGCAACCUCACAGGUACUUCAAAUGGUUUGAGGAUCAAAACCAAAGCUAAUCCCUCUUAUCCCACCACUGUCUCCAAUAUUACCUUCCAACAGAUUCUUGUUUACAAUGUCGCCAACCCCAUUAUCAUCGAUCAACAGUACUGCCCUUCUAAGGAUUGUAAACCGGGAGCUUCAAGAGUCGGGAUAAGUGAUGUGAGAUUUACAACAAUAACGGGGACGACGAGUACAAGAGUUGCAGUAAAUCUUCUAUGCAGUAGCGCAAAACCAUGUGAAGAGAUUGAGCUUAGAGACAUUAACAUUGAUUAUGACGGCCUUCCAAGAGGACCUGCAACUUCUUCUUGUUCUAAUGUUUAUGGAGUUGCUUAUGGCAUUCAAAAUCCACCCCCUUGCAUAAGGAGAUCUCUGUAA